CGGCCAUGCUUUCUGCAGCUAUCCCCUAAGCUUUCAAGAUAAUCCUGGUGGCGCUAUCUCCUCCUUCUCAACUACGUUUGUGUUCGUCAUGGGUUUCAAGCAGUAUAAAGCCGCAUGUGAUUGUGAACUGUGCUGCAAUCUCGGUUCCUCCGGCGUGCGAAACGGACACAGCUGCUGCCAUGGCUACUAAUGUGCCUUCUUCACUUGUCAAUUGGUCGCUGGGCUUCGGGAAUGACAAGACUCUUUUGAUUCAUCUCUCCACAGAUCAAGUUUAUGAGGGAGUGAAAUCCUUCUACAAAGAGGAGGAUGAGACACUGCCGGUGAACAUGUAUGGCAAAUCAAAAGUUGCUGCAGAGAAGUUCAUUACUGAGAAAUGCUCGAACUAUGCAAUCUUGAGAAGCAGCAUCAUUUACGGGCCACAAACUAUCUCUCCUGUGGAAAAGUCGCUCCCUGUCCAGUGGAUGAACUCUGUCCUUUCACAAGGCCAACAAGUUGAUUUUUUUAAUGAUGAGUACCGCUGCCCAGUUUAUGUAAAAGAUAUGGUGGAUGUAAUAUUGUCUUUAACAAAAAGUUGGUUAUCAGAUGGCAAAAAAGUUCAGGUACUUCUGAAUGUCGGUGGACCAGAUAGGGUUUCAAGACUGCAGAUGGCUGAGUCUGUUGCUGAAGUUCGUGGAUAUAGCAAGUCGAUAAUCAAAUCUGUUCCUGCAUCAUCGGUUAACCGGGGUGUAGCUUCUCCGCCAGACAUAUCCAUGGAUAUCACCAGGCUAACUCAGACGCUCGGUAUCCAGCCGAUUACAUUCCUGGAUGGAGUCAGAGCUACACUUGGCGCAGAAGCCAGAUGUCUUACUGACCCUGUUCUGUGUGAGCGGUAUUUUAUUUUGCAGUCUCGAGUGGCCCGGGGACAAAGUCAUCUGUGUGAGGCAGCUCAUGGGGGUUCAUUCAUUGUCAACACCGAGCAGCAAGCACCACUGGAUGCCCUCUCCACAGCCUUGCACUAUUUAGAUUUAGAUUACUGGGCACCUACCCUGUUUGUGUCUGGAUUCCCACCAGGUGUGGGGUCUACGCUGCUGGGGAAUCUACUGCUGCUGCUAAUUAAGCUUGAGCUACCACCAUGCAUGCACUGA